AUGGUUAACGUUCCUAAGACCAAGAAGACCUACUGCAAGAACAAGGAAUGCAAGAAGCACACACUCCACAAGGUUACUCAAUACAAGAAGGGUAAGGACAGUAUCGCCGCUCAAGGGAAGCGUCGUUACGAUCGGAAACAGUCCGGUUAUGGUGGUCAGACUAAGCCUGUCUUCCACAAGAAGGCUAAAACCACUAAGAAAAUUGUUCUGAGGUUGCAAUGUCAGGGUUGCAAACAUGUUUCUCAACAUGCCAUCAAGAGGUGUAAGCAUUUUGAGAUUGGUGGAGACAAGAAGGGAAAAGGAACAUCUCUCUUCUAG